AUGGCCGGCAGGCCUCUUGCUUCGGCUGCUGGCUUUCCUCCUCUUCUCUUCUCGGGAGGGAGGGAUGGAGGGGGGGAGAUAGAUGGAUCGAGUGAGGAGGGUGUUGGUGGUGCUGCUUUUGGGGCUCCAGGGGGUGGUGAUUGGCUUGCUCUUGGUGGUGCAGCUGGGUUGGAUGUAGGGGCUGUUUCUUUGGUUCAUGGUGGUGUUCGUUUGGAUGAGGUUGCUGGUUCUGAUGGCUUGGGACAGCAAGGAGGAAGCUCUUCCCGAGGGGGGUCAGAGAAGAAAGGGGAGGUUCCAUGGUCUGCACUCUUUUCCUCUUCGUCUUCUUCUUUACUUGGUGAUGGCUUGAAGCUUUCCUUUGUGGAACCCGAGGAGAUUGAAGGGGUGCGGGUUGCUACAUGCCCAGAGUCCAUAAUCAAAGAGGGGCUUGAGAAAUGGAGAAACACUCUUAUGGGGCAUUUUAUUGGGGGCAGGCCGAGCUUCACUUUUGCCCUUGAUUUGUUGUUAAAACAGUGGAAGAUUUCAGGUCAUGUCGAUGCUAAUCUAUUGGACAGUGGGUUUUUUAUUUUCAGAUUUAAUCUUGAGGAGGAUAAAAUUAAAGUUCUUGAAGGGGUUCCUUGGUACGUGCAAAGAAUGCCAAUGAUCCUUCGUCCUUGGAGCCCGAAUGCUUGUUUGGAGAGGGUUGAUUUAUGCUCUGUUCCUAUUUGGAUUUCUCUCCCCAAUCUUCCUUUUCACUUUUGGUCCUCUCAAGCUUUGAGUUCGAUUGGGAGUGUUAUUGGACAGCCUAUUGUGACUGAUAAAAUGACGCGGGCCAUGGAGAGAUUAUCGUAUGCUCGGCUUUGUGUUGAAGUCUCUGCUGAUAAGGAUCUUCCUUUGUCUGUUCCUGUAUAUGGUGAUGAGGGCAAUGUCCAAUCCCAGAAGAGCUCACGGUCUAGGAAGGAGUGGCAUGUGAAGGGAGCUGCUGGGAAUGAUGAUGGAGUUUUGGCCGGUGGGGAUGAUGGGUUGCCGGAGGUUCAAGCUGGUAUAGUUGCUGGGCAGCCGAGUGUACAAGUUGGGGAGAGUGAUGAAGUUUCUAAUGUUGAUUCCGUUAUUUCAGAUGUUAAAAAAGGAAGUGGAGAUUGUUUACCUAUGGGGAAGGGCCCCAGUUUUGGGAAGAGGAUUUUUAAAAAUCCUGUGACGUCUCUUGGGGAGCACUCAAAGGCUAAAGGGCUGGCUCAUUCAAAUGCGUUUGCAUUAUUGGAAGAUCUAACGGAGGAGGUUCACUAUGACCCGGCUGAAAUGAUGUUGGACUCAGAUUCGUGUGCUAUCUUAUUAGGUAAUGAUUUGUUUGAGGAAGCUGGUUUGGAGGAAGAAGAUUGUUCGCCCAUACCUUUAGCCAUUCUUCCAAAUUUGGAAAAGAAGGAUCAUGGGGAGUAUCCAACUUCCAAGGAUUCUGAGUCUAAUUUGAAUAAGGAUUCUAUAUCUGACUUGGUGGAGAAGAUCCCUAGUGCGUUGCCUAUGGAAGUCCAGGCUUUAAAAGAUAAAGGUGAGGUGGAUUCUAGAAGUUCGUUGGAGAUGGCUGAUCCUAAUCCAAGGGUGGAUGCGGUUGUGGUACCUGCUAAGCCUUUGGCCAAUUUUGAAAGACUAAAGAAGCAGGCUGAGGAGGUUCGGGCUAUCCAAGGACAGUUCGGGAAAGAUUGGAAAUAUUUACACAAUGGUGAGGCUGAUGCUCCCAUUCGGAUUUGGUUGGGUUGGGACUCUAAUGUUUUUAAAGUGGAAGAGAUUCAGAAGACCUUGCAAUUUAUUCAUGUUCGGGUUUCGAUUUUGGGAACCUCUAUUACAUUUUUGUGUACUACAGUGUAUGCUGUUAAUGCCAUAGAAGGGCGCAAGGAUUUGUGGAGAGAUGUGGGGGCUUUUGCUAGUUCUAUUCUAGAUCCUUGGGCUGUUCUAGGGGAUUUUAAUGUGGUGCGCAACCAAAAUGAGAAGUUUGGAGGGGACCCUAUUCGGCAGGAGGCUGUGGAUGACUUUAAUUCUUUUGUUGAUGACACAGGGCUGGUGGACCUCAAUUGGAAGGGGGAAAUUUUCACUUGGAAUAAUAGACAAAGUGGGGAUACCCGAAUUUGCUGCAAGUUGGACAGGGUGUUGGUUAAUUUGGGUUGGAUGGAUGUGCUUAGGUCCUCCGAAGCGACUGUUCUUCCCCCUAGCCUUUCUGAUCACUCCCCUGUGGUGGUGGCAAUUUUAGAUGCUACUAAUUUUGGCCCUAAACCGUUCAGAUUUUUUGAGGCUUGGAUUGGAAGAGAUGGGUUUGAUGAAACAGUGGUCAAGGGCUGGGAGCAGCCGGCUGCUAGAACUGAGUUGACUCAGAUCCAGAGUAACCUUGGUCCUAACCCAAGUGAUCCGAAUUUGGUUUCCUUGGAGACUCAAGCAAAACGAAAGCUGUGGGAAGCUUUGGCCAUUGAAGAAAAAUUUUUAAAGGAAAAAUCAAGGGUGAAACACAUUCAGCUGGGUGAUGGUAACAACAGUUUCUUCCAUAAAUCUAUGGAGGAUCUUAUUGGUCCUGUGGCUAAUAAGGAGAUUUUGGAAGUGGUGUUUGCUAUGAAGAGCUCCAAGGCUUCAGGGCCUGAUGGGUUUGGGGCUGCCUUUUUCAAGCACUGUUGGGAUGUAGUGGGGGAAGAUUUGACUUUAGCU